AUGAUGGUGGAAGGGCAGCGGAGAGAGGUGGAGAGCAGACAAGCGGCGGAGAGGCGAGCAAUGGAGGAAGCAGAGGAGGCUGUGAGAGUGCAAGAGGAGCUGCAGGGAGUGAUUGAGAUGAGAGAGAGAGAGCUGAAGGUGCUGGGGGAGGAGAAGGAGGCUGGGGAGAGGAGGGGGGUGGAGGAGGUGGAGGGGUGGAAGGAGAGAGUGAGGGAGGUGGAGGGAGAGGUGGAGGAGAAGGGGAGGGAGGUUGUGAGGUUGGAAGUGGAGGUGGGUGCGCUGAGGGAGAGACUGGGAGGAGUAUUGGGGGAGUUGGAGAGGGUGGGAGGGGAGAGGGAUAGGCUGGAGGGGUUGGUGGGGGAGAUGGAAGGGCGGGUUCGGGGGUUGCAGGAGGAGAGGGAGAGAGUGGAGAGUGAGAAGAGGGAAGCAGUUGAGGAGGUGGGGAGAGUGAGGGAGGAGAAGGAGGCGGUGGAGAGGAGAGUAGAGGAGAUGAGGGAGGAGGAGGAGCGAGUGCGGGAGGAGGUGGAGGUGCUAAAAGAGAGGGUGGUGGGUCUCGAAGAGGAGGUGGAAAGAGAGAGGAGGGCGAAGGGCGAGGCGGAGAGGGAGAACGAGAGGGUGAAAGGGGAACUGGAGAGGGGGAGAGAGGUGGCGGUGGUGCAGAGGCAGCGGAUGGGGGCGAUGGAGGGUCGUGUGGUGAGCCUGCAAGAGGAGUGUGAGGCGCUGCAUGAGGUGGUGGGGGCGACGGAGAGGAGAGUGAAGGAGGUGGAGGAGGAGGGGGAGAGGAGAGUGAGGGAGAUGAUGGAGGAAGGGGAGAGGAGAGUGAGGGAGGUGGAGGAGGAAGGGGAGAGGAGAGUUAGGGAGGUGAAGGAGGAGAAGGAGAGGGUGGAGGAGGAGAUGGGGCGGAUAGUGGAAGAUAGGGACGAGGUGAGAGCGGAAGUGAGAUGUUCACAGGGAGAGGUGGAGGAUUUGAAGAGAGAGGUGAAAAGGAGGGAAGAGGAAUGUGAGGAGGAGAGGAAAAUACGGUGGGAGGUGCAGAGAGAGGGGGCGCGGUUGCGUGAGGAGGUGAAGGAGAGGGAGGAUGAGGUGAGGAGGGUGAGAGGACAGGUGGAGCGGAAGGAGAGGGAGGUGGAGGAAAUGCAAGGGGAGAGAGACAGGUGGAAGGGCGUGGCAGAGACAAGGGAGAGGAGGGUGUGUGAGAUGGAAGGGAAGGUGAGAAAGAUGGAGGAGAGGGAGGUGGGAUGGAAGGAGAAGGAGCGGGAGUGGAAGGAGAAGGAGCGGGAGUGGAAGGAGAAGGAGCGGGAGUGGAAGGAGAGAGAGGGGGAGUGGGAGAAUAAAUUGGCUGAUUGGGAGGAACGGGAGGGAGAGUGGAAGGAGAGGGAGGAGCAGUGGAAGAAACAGGCGGGGGAAGCUGGGAGGGCUGCAGAGGCUGCAAAGGUGGGGAUAAGCCAAGGAAGAAAGCGAGAGGAAGAACUCAGAGAGAAAUUGCGAGAUGGGGAGGAGGAGGUGGGGAGGCUGAGGCAAGUGGUAGGGGAGAUGGAAUGGGAACGAGAAGAGGUGAAGGUACUGCUGGCGGAGGGGGAGAGGCGUGUGGCGGAGGCAGAGGGAGAGGUGCAGGGUUUGCGGUGUAGGGUGGAGGAGAUGGGGAGGGAGGUGGCGAGGGGAGUGGAGGAGGAAAGGAGGAGGGCUGUGGAAAGGGAGGGGAAGGAAGAGGUUCUGGUGCCAGCAGCAGAAGACGUUGCUGUGGUGGGGAGGGAGGUGGGGGAGCUGAGAGGGGAGAAUGAGACACUGAGGGAAGAGAUUGAGAUGCUGAAGGGAGAGAAUGAGACUUUGAAGGGGGAACGAGAGGAGUGGGCAAGGCAGCAGAUGCAGGAGAGGGUGCGUGUGGGAGGCAUGGGCCAGCAGAAGGGGGAGGGGAGUGGGAGCAAGCUGGGGGAGAGGCAGGUGGAGAAAGUGGAGGAGAAGAGGGGGGAGGUGGAGAGUGUGCAAGCGACGGUUGAGGUACAGAGUAAAAUGAAGAGAGAGAGGGAGAGGGAGUUAGAGGCAUGGCAGGUGGCACAGGAGGAGGUGAGGAGAGAGGUGAGACGGUUACAGGACGAGGUAGCUGCUGCAAGGGCUGAAACACGGAGGGUGGACGCAGAGAGAAGGGCUGCUGCUGCGGCAAGGGAGAGCGAGGGGGAGGAACGGGAGAGAGUGGAGGGGAAGUGGAGGGAGAGUGAGGAGGUGGUGUGUGUGCUGAUGCGAGAAAUAGAGGAGCUGAGGCGGGAAGGGCGCGCACGGGAGAUGGAGGGGCGGCAGCUAGCAGGAGCAGCGCAGCGCAAGCAGCAUGGGGAGGGGGGCAAGGGCAAGGGCGCGGUGCUGCAGGGGUGGCAGGCGAGGGAGAUAGCGGCGUGCAUUCAUCACAUGGAGCACGUGUGCUGGCAGUUCCAGGAGGCGCUGGAGGUGAAGCGGCAGCAGGUGGGGCGAUGGGAGGCGGCAGUGAGGGAGGUGGUGCGAGGGGCGGAGGAGGAGAGGGCAGCGCGGGAUGCAGCGCUGCACACACUCAUGGGGGAGCUGGCAGCAUGCCACUCACAGACUCCUUUCUUACUGCCUGCGGUUUAUCAUUUCCACCCACCCCUCCUCACGACGCCUCAGCCCCACCACAUGGCAUUUACGCAGCCACAAGCUCCCUCUUCCGCCACCCACCUCGCCUCCACCCUCGCCUUCCACCACUCCCACACGCGGCUGCAGCGACUGAGGAAACAAGCCCGAGUGCUGCUCAGCGAGGCAGAGGGGUGGGAGGGGGGUGGAAGGGUGGGGGAGCAAGCUCGAGAGCUGGUGGGGGGGACAGGGGAGUGGGAGGGGCUGAGGGGCAGCGUGGGCGCGGAGCAGCAGGGGGAGAGUGAGAGCCGGGAAGCAUGUGAUGCUCAUAGCAGCCGAGAGAGGGAGGGAACGGAAGCAGCAUGGGGGGAGGGAGAGGAGCAAGUGGACGAGGGGGGGGAGGAGGAAGUGAGCGAGAGGGGAGAGGGGGAUGGGGAAGAAGAAGCGAUUGGUGCUAGAGCGGGCAGUGGGGCAGUGGUGAGGCAGCAGGAGUGGGUGAAGAUGUUUGGAGGGAGCCCUGGAAGCAGUGGGAACGGCGGGAGAAGUGGGAAACGUGGGGGUGUUGGGAGUAGAGGGAGCAAUCUGAGGAGGGGGUGGUGGGAAGGAGAGCGUGGUUCUGGACUAAGGGCAGUGAGGGCAGGAAGCGAGGCAGUGACUUGUGCGGCACACAGCAGCACAUUGGACGUGUAA